ACAGUCUGAAAGAUUCCUUCGUAUCGCGCGGUCAAUUAAUAUAACGAACUUUGAGAAUUACAUCGGGCAGCCCCCGGGGAUUAGCGCGACACUCGACAUCAACGUUUGUGAUUUAAUCCGCUGCCGUUUUCCGCCGUACUAGGCAUCCAUGAACCAGAGGUUAUCGGUGCGUACCAGUGCCGCAGCAGUAGUACGAUCUUGACGGAAACUACGACGUAGUAGUUGCCUGCGAAGCCAAGGAACUAACCAGUGCAAUCCGUGUCAGUCGUGUUCUUCUUAAAGUGUUCAAUCUGUUAACGUAGACCUGCAAGGUGAGCAGAGCCAGACGGGCAGAGGAUUUUGCAAUCACCGAAAUGACAUUAAAGAAUAUUGCGUACAAACCCAAGCCGCCUAUAGACAGCUCAUGACCAUUGUAGAAACAUAACUUGCAAGUGCGGCGGAUAAAACGCCCGUAAGAGAUCGCCAACCGCCAACUUCGGCUGAUCCAUCAAAAAGAAUAUCAACAAUCAGAGUCUAUCUAAAAAUCCAUCAAUUUAUUCAGAGCCGUCUACUAAAGAAAUAAUAAACGAUCAACAGCAUCCGUGAUGGCACUCGAUUUCGCUGCGGGAUGUCUUGGAGGAUGCGCCGGUGUACUGGUCGGUUAUCCGUUCGACACGGUGAAAGUUCAUCUUCAGACACAGGACUUCCGAAAUCCACUGUACAAGGGAACGUUAGAUUGUUUUCGCAAAAUCAUAGCCAGAGAAACAGUGCGCGGACUUUACCGAGGAAUGUCCAGCCCAAUGGCUGGCGUAGCAGUUGUCAACGCAAUAGUUUUCGGCGUCUAUGGGAACGUACAAAGAAGAACGUCCGACCCGGACUCACUGUACUCUCAUUUUCUGGCUGGCAAUGCAGCUGGUCUAACGCAAAGCUUCGUCUGCUCACCGAUGGAACUGGUUAAAACAAGACUGCAAUUGCAGGAUAAUCUUCCGAAAGGCGCAUUUAAAUUCAAAGGUCCAAUGGACUGCUUGAGAAGCAUUGCCAAAACCGAAGGAUUACGAGGAGUGUUUCGCGGUUUGGGAAUAACUGCAGCCAGAGAUAUGCCUGGGUUUUCAUCCUACUUUGUAUCGUACGAGCUGAUGGUUCGUUCGGUUGAUGAUCCUUCACCGUUUAGCAUACUGAUGGCGGGUGGAUUAGCCGGCACUAUUUCUUGGCUGUUUACAUUCCCCAUUGAUGUAGUUAAAUCUAGACUACAAGCUGAUGGCAUGAGUGGGAAACCUCAAUAUCUCGGAAUUAUGGACUGCUUACGGAAGAGCUAUGCCACCGAAGGCUUGUCUUUUCUGUCUCGAGGCUUAACAUCUACUUUGCUUCGAGCCUUCCCGAUGAAUGCCGUUUGUUUCCUGGUGGUUUCAAUGGUGAUGAAAAGCUUUAGCGAGACCAAUUUAAACUUAGAACUGAGCCCAGCAGAACCCCUGCUGAUGGUACAACAACCCGCCGGUGCCGUGAAGGUGACAGUGAACAAGCGCCAACACGAACUCCAUGAUGUGCAUCUUUUAAAUAUUAAGCAGAACACGUACCGUUUCCUAAGCUUUUUGGGUGCAUUCAGCGAAGCAGUUUGUUGUGCCGAAAUGAACGAACUCGCCCAUGACCUUCACUCCAACGAGGAUGGUGGAUAUUACUACUCUAAGCUGAAUGAAUACCUACAAAGUUCCGACCCAGAGUACUGCAGGAGAUUUCCAUUUGUAGAUUAGCUUUGUUAAAACGUUACGUAACAACUCAAACCACGUGAACUGUAUUGUUGAUAUAUAAAGUAAGUUUUAUUUAA